ACAGCACCGGCAGUAGCGUCCUCUGGACUCAGGACGCGGAGUGAGCGGCGGUCCCCAUCCUGCUACCCACAGCACGGGCACGGGCAGGGGGGACUACCACAACUUAAUCCUCUGACUCUUUUUGUAGACUUGAGGAACGACAGAGACCGCAUUACUACGAAAAACACGUCUUCUUCUCCUUCUUUUUUCUUUCUUUCUUUCUUUUUUUUAAAUGACUGAGCUACUUUAGAUAUGGCUUCAUCCGUGAGCGGCACAGAGGAGGUCCGAGUGUCGGCGUUGACGCCCUUGAAGUUGGUGGGACUGGUGUGCGUCUUUCUCGCGCUGUGCCUGGAUGUCGGGGCUAUGCUGAGCCCGGCUUGGGUCACAGCAGAUGACCAGUACUACCUGUCCCUGUGGGUGUCCUGCUGGAAGCCCGUCAGCUCCGAGGAGUGGUCCUGCAACAGCACGCUGGCCACGGACUGGCAGAUUGCCACGCUGGCCCUGCUGUUAGGAGGGGCGGCACUCACCCUGCUCUCCUUCCUUGUGGCGCUGGUGUCCCUGUGCUUCGGCUCCAGGAGUCACUGCUACAAGCCUGUGGCUGUUAUGCUGUUCUCUGCAGUGGUGCUUCAGGUGUGCAGCUUGGUCCUGUUUCCCAUCAAGUUCAUAGAGACGGUCAGUCUGAGGGUGUAUCAUGAGUUUAACUGGGGAUACGGCCUGGCCUGGGGAUCCACCAUCUUCUCUUUUGGAGGUGCCAUCCUCUAUUGCCUCAACCCGAAGAACUAUGAAGACUACUACUAAAAUAUGUGAGACAAGAGGAGAAACCAGGACACUCUGUUUCACCAGUGUCCCCUCAGUAAUAGGAACUUUCUGUCUGUUACACAGUGCCCAACCACAGACUAGAAAAAUAGGAAAAACAAAUGCUUAUUGUUAGUUUCAAGGCUGGAAAAGAGCACUUCCAUUUGAUACUGUGAACUGACUGUCUUGAAGACUAUCCUCAUUAUUGGACUGAAGUGCCGUGCUCUCUUAGGGGUUUUGGCAUCAAACCCCAGCUGUGAAAAAGAAAUCCAAAACCAGAGAGUUUAGUUUGGGAGAGAAUGUCACCAUUCAGAUAAGUCUGCGUCCCCUUUAAGUGGAACUCUAGUAGGUCUUAGAUUUGGGCUGACAAUCUGGAGGGAACAGAUGGAUUCACUGACCCCAUACCAGGACGAAUUGGUGGACUAAUUAACCAAUCAGAGCAGAGGAGGCAAGGAAUGAUGUAAACUCAGGCCAAUCAGGGAACAGGGAGGAAAAUGUCUCAUUGAAGUCAUUUCCUGAGGAUGACAAAGUGAGGAAGACAGGGCACACCUAAGGAAAUGCAACAUGCUACAUUUCCCCAGAGAUAAACUACAUCUCGAACUUGGCCUAGUCUUCUUCCUCCAGUAGAGUAUAAUAGGUUGGUGAAAACAUGUCAUGAAACCAGUGGACUGGCUUUGUUUUCUCCUGCCCUAUUUGAGUCCAUUGAAAGGGUCAGAAAUAGCAAUAAUGAACAGGGGCAACCUAAAGACAGCAAAACAUUUCACAGACACCUUCCAAAUAAUAUCAUACUGGUGAGAGGAACAUUUACUGGUUAAUGAAUAGCAGAGUCUGUCACAGUGGUAAAACCUUUGGCCACUACUGUAAGCCCGCAGCAUAACCCCACCUAUACAGGCUUUUUGAUAAAGUUAUUGUAUUAUAUGUAAGUAUGUGCAGUAAGCAUAAUAAAGUUAUAUUCAUUCCAAGCAGACCAGUGGGAAGGGAGAUGGCAAAUGACCAUGUCUGCUGAGCGUGUGCACAUGUCUGCAUGAUCAUACCACACGGCAUGUGCUCACACACACCUCCCCAUGUGAUGCCUCCUUAUCUUCCCACUUCGUAGGACGUGGUAAUGAUCUCAGUAGAGUAGGCACCAUUACGUUUUCAGGCAGGGAGAGUCUAUAGAAUAAAAUCACUGUAGUCACUGAAAAAAAAAAAUGUAUAUUUUGUUUUUGCAUCUAAGUUAAGGUUCCCAAUGCAGUACUUUAGGAAAUGUCAGAGUGUAAUGUGAUGUGGGUGAGCAGUUUUAUGAGGACUAUGAGAUCGAUUAAGUUGAAACUGGAAAGUUUCAAACCUGAAGGAGGACAGUGCAGCCAUGAGAAGUGAGACUUGCUGGUACAAAAGAUCUACACUGAUUUGCUCUGGUAAUGUCCUCCUUCCCAAACCUUUUUCAAGGUGGUCAGAAACUUCUCCAGUUCCCUCUUGCAACAUCAGCGGGUGUGUGUGUGCAUGCCACUAGCAUUUGCUGCUGAGUUUGAUUCCCACUGGUUUGAUAACUAACACAAUAAACAUGUACUGUGGA